AUGAAUCUCUCCAUUGGAAGCCUUUCCGUUAUACUUCUAUGUCUUAGCCAAUGGGCGACUGCGGCCACGGUGUUCUUCCCGAUCACUUUGACAUGGACGAAUAAAACCGUUGCCGGCGUUGUCAGGCCGGUUAUUGCCAUGAAUGGCCAGUAUCCUGGUCCUCCACUUAAUAUCAAUCAAGGCGACAAUGUCCAGUUUUUUGUUGAUAACCGCUGUCCGUUUAAUACUACCGUUCACUUCCACGGAAUCGAACAGAUUGGAACCCCCUGGUCCGACGGUGUCCCCGGGGUCUCGCAGAGGUCAAUCUCGCCAAACACUACCUUCCUCUAUAGAUGGACAGCAGCUCAAUACGGAGCAUACUUCUACCAUGCGCAUCACCGCGGUUCACUCGAAGAUGGGCUUUACGGUCCAAUCUAUAUCACUCCAUUGGCCUCUGUGACAAAACCAUUCAGCCUGAUUACGAACAAUACCAGUCAACUCAAUGCUAUAAUAAAUGCCGAAAGGAAUGGUUGCUCUGUUUUGCUUUCGGACUGGCGGCUUCUUACCUCGGAACAGAUCUGGAGUGCCGAAGUGGCAUCUGGGGUUGAUUCUUAUUGUGCUAAUGCUUUGCUCAUUAAUGGCAAGGGGUCUGUUACCUGUCUUCCGCGCACGCAGAUUGAUUCUUUGACGACGGAAGCUCAAAGGCGGGCGUUGAGGAAUGAGAGUUUGACGGAUAUGGCAUGCUUCCCUCCAAACCUCACCUCUGCGCAGGGGAAUUUCCCGCACAACUACAGUGCCAUUCUUCCCACGAUGUUCUCCGGCUGCACGCCAUCUCAGGGACCCCAAGAGAUCUUCAACGUCAAUGCAUCCCAGCAAUUCGUAAGCUGGGAUCUGACCAGUGCAUCAGGCGUCCUGGAACUCACCUUCUCAGUCGACGAGCAUGUCAUGUGGGUAUACGCCAUCGACGGACGAUACAUCCGCCCAGUCCAAGUGAAAGCCCUCACAAUACCAAAUUCCAACCGCUACUCAGUGCUAGUCCCACUCACCCAACCAAGAGGAGACUACACGGUCCGCCUCGUCAGCGCCAGCGUCCAACAAAUCCUCAACACAACUGCAAUCCUCCGAUACCAAGGCACAUCGCAACUGAACAGAACUCUUUCUCAACGAAUCCAUUGUCACCCCUUCCCUGUCCUCGUCCCCUCAACAAGCGUCGCCCAAACCUUCUUCCUAAACGUCGAACGUUUCGGCGCCUCAUACCGCUGGACUUUAGGAAACGGUAGCUAUGGCCUCGAACUAGAAGAAUCCCAGCCCCUCCUCUUCAACCAGAGCUCAAUCCCCAGCAACCUAGUCAUCAGAACAAACAACAAUACCUGGGUCGAUCUCAUCAUCCAAGUCGUCACACCCGUCCAGCCUCCACAUCCAAUCCACAAACAUUCAAAUAAGCAUUUCAUCAUCGGGCAGGGGAGCGGGAUAUUCAAUUAUACCUCUGUUGCGCAGGCUGUCCAGGCUAUCCCUGGGAACUUCAAUCUGCUUACGCCGCAGUAUCGCGAUACGUCGAAUACACCGCCAGCUACGCAGGGCCCGACUUGGUUGGCGAUUCGGUAUCAGGUUGUUAACCCUGGGGCUUUCCUGGUGCAUUGUCAUAUUCAGGUUCAUCAGAGUGGGGGUAUGGCGUUGGCUAUGUUAGAUGGGGUUGAUGCUUGGCCUACUGUCCCGCCGAUCUAUUUGAAUGGCAAUGGCGCUUAG